UCAUCUCCUGCAUAAACAAUGGCCCACGAAGCUCGUCUUAACACUGUCGUCGAGAGUCUCACCAGAGCUCCUCGCAACGUCCAAUUCCCCGUCAAGAAUGGCCGUCUGCAGUCAAUUUCCGAGAUUUUUGGUGAGAAUGUCUUCUCUCUCAAGGAAAUGUCAAAGAUGCUCCCCAAGCCCGUCUUCAAGAAGUUCACCGAACAAUUGAAGGGUGGUCGCAGCAUGGACAAGCCUACCGCCGAUGCCAUUGCUCACGCAGUUAAGGUCUGGUCUAUUGAGCGCGGUGCUACCCACUUCACCCACUGGUUCCAGCCUUUGAACGACUCCACUGCCGAAAAGCACGAUGCUUUCUUGACAAUGAAAACUAGCUACGCUAAUGGAUUCGAGGAGACCACUGCCAUCGAUACCUUCUCUGGAUCCCAGUUGUUGCAGUCUGAGCCAGACGCUUCUUCUUUCCCCUCCGGUGGUAUGCGUACUACUUUUGAGGCACGUGGUUACACUGUUUGGGAUACCAAGAGCCCUAUGUUUAUUCAGGAUGGUCCUCAUGGUACCUCGAUCCUCUAUAUUCCAUCCGUCUUUAUUUCUUACAACGGUGAGGCUCUUGAUGAGAAGUCCGUCCUCCUGAGAUCCUCUGAAAUCAUGAUCAAGACCACUCUUGAGUUUCUCAACUUGAUUGAGCCCGCUGAUGAUGAAGAUCAUCCUCGCGCCAAGCAUGUCUACACUACUCUCGGUACCGAGCAAGAAUUCUUCUUCAUUGACCGCGCUCUCUAUACCCUCCGUCCCGAUCUCAAGAUUGCUGGCCGUACCCUUCUUGGUGGUCUCCCCCCUCGUCACCAGCAGUUGGAGGACCACUACUUUGGUAAGAUCCCCACUCGUGUCUUGGCUGCCAUUAGUGAGUGUGAGUUCGAGCUUGCCAGACUUGGUGUCCCCAUCAAGACUCGUCACAAUGAAGUAGCCCCUGCCCAGUUCGAGGUUGCUCCUAUCUUUGAGGAGUCUAUGCUCUCUGUUGAUCACAACUUGUUGACCAUGGAUGUUCUCCACCGUGUUGCCCAUCGCCACAAGCUCAAGGUUCUCUUCCACGAGAAGCCUUUCCGUGGUGUCAACGGUUCCGGCAAGCACUGCAACUGGUCUUGUGCCACUGACCAGGGUGACAACUUGCUCGAUCCUUCUGCUACUCCUGAGACCAAUUACCGUUUCUUGCUCUUCCUUGUUGCCAUCCUUAAGGGUGUCCUCGAUCACGGUGAUCUUCUCCGUGCCGGUAUUGCCUCGGCUUCUAACGACCACCGUCUCGGUGCCCAUGAGGCUCCCCCUGGUAUCAUCUCCGUCUUCCUCGGAAGCCAGCUCGAUGAGGUCCUCAAUGCCAUUGAGGAGGGUCGUCCUGUCACCAACUACGAUGACGCACACAUGAAGAACGUCCGUGUCGACGGUACCGUUCUUGACUUGAAGGUCGCUGCUCUCCCCAGCAUUGCCCGUGAUUUGACCGAUCGUAACCGUACCUCUCCCUUUGCCUUUACCGGUAACAAGUUCGAGUUCCGCGCCGUCGGUUCCAAGCAGUCUCCUUCUUUCCCCGUCACUCUUCUCAACUCUGCUGUCGCUUCUGCUCUUCAGGAGGUCAAUGCUGCUCUUAAGAAGCAGAUGGGUAAGAAGUCCGUUGCUUCCGAUGCCGACAAGCUUGUCGUCAUCCGCGAGUUCAUCAAAAAGACCAAGGCCAUCCGUUUCGAGGGUGAUAACUACACUGAUGCCUGGGCCGCUGAAGCUGCCAAGCGUGGUCUUCCCAACAUUAGAAAGAGUGUUGAUGCCUUUGGCUGCAUCUUGAAAAAGGAGAACGCCGAUAUGUUGAAGCGUCUUGGCGUCUUCUCCCAUGCUGAGCUUGAGUCUCGUGUCCAUAUCUUGACUGAGAAAUAUGCUAAGGAUGUCACUAUUGAGGCUCAGACCUUGUUAACCAUGGUCACUCAGCAAGUUCUUCCUGCCGCAUACCAGUACCGUCGUGAGUUGGCCGAGUCUGCCUCAGCCAUGAAGAACAUUGGCGUUGAGUCCACACCCGAAAUCGAGCUCUUGAACGAGCUUACUCCUCUCGUCCGCAACCUCCAGCUUCGCACCAACGAUCUCAAGAACGUUAUGGAUGAGAUGCUCAAGGUUGAGGAGCUCCUCCCAUUGGCCCAUGGCGCACAGAAGAAGGUUAUCCCCUGUAUGGAUGCCGUUCGCUCUCUUGCUGAUCAGCUCGAGUGCCUUGUUUCUGACAAGCUCUGGCCCUUGCCCAAGUACACCGAACUCUUCUUGAACAUCUAAAACAUCAAAUCACUCUAUCCCCUUCACUCUAGUUACAUGUCCCAACUUCGCAUAUUGUAUCUAUGUCAAUGAACAUAAGAAAACACAAAUAGUAUACAAUUAUCCAAUUCCAUAAAUUUACCCAUUCAAUCAAUCAAUCAAUUAUAAAAAUAUAAAUAAAAAGUCUGAAUUUCCCAAGGGCGUCUUGUCUUUCACAAAAAUAAAAUAAUAAUAUCGGGACUC